UUAGCAGACAGAGAGAGAGAGAGAGAGAGAGAGAGAGAUGGCGUCCUCUGAAGUUCAAGAGGAAGAGAAGAAGGUGCCAUCGGCGGCCGCUUUGAGUGGGGACGAAAGAGAGAAGCAAUCGACCAACGCGGUCGCCUUUGCUGAGACGGAGCUGUAGCCACCACCCACCUACAUAUCAUCAUAUCUAUCUCCCGCCCUGCCCCUUCCAAGUCGAUCUCGGCCAAGCGUGCUUUUAGAUUUGUUCUCGGUCAUGUCGGCGACGGUGAAAAACGGGGGAGACGCUGCGGCGGUGGAGGUGGAGUUCGCGGCGUGCGACUGCUGCGGGCUCAUGGAGGAGUGCACGCCGGCGUACAUCGCCGGCGUACGGGAGCGGCACGGCGGGCGGUGGAUCUGCGGUCUCUGCGCCGAGGCCGUCCAGGACGAGAUCCGCCGCUCCGGGCCCCUCAUCUCGCUCGAGGAGGCCAUGGGCCGUCAUGCAAGCUUCCGCCGAAGCUUCCGCUCGGCUGAGGCCGCAGCGGUGGAUCCGGCGGAGCAGCUGAUCGCCGCCGUGAGGCAGCUCCUCCGGCGGAACCUCGACUCACCGCGGGCUGUGCGGUCGACCCCGGGCAGCCCCCGAACCAUGGUUGGGCCCCGGACCCGGAGAGGCUUUCCGACCUUUAUUUGCUUGGCGGAUGAGGAUAAGAAUCGAAUCGCAUAGGAAAAGCAAAAGAAAAUGAAAGAAGAACAGAAAGGGAGCGUUUCCAAUUUCCAACGAGUAAAACUCGUUGCUUAAUCUCGAGGAUUCCAAGAGUAGUUUUAUGUUAUGCGAAAAAAAUUGCACAAAUUUUCCGCUGGAUUAUGCACGAGUCUUUCUUCUUUCACAAGUAUACAUACUACUUGUCAUUUGAAGUGAAAAGAAUCACUGAGAAUGGAAGAAUUCCAUCUUCAAGACUCAUUUUAUAUCA